GAAGAAAUAGAAAGAUUGACUGUUGAUGAAGAUCUCAGUGAUAUUGACAGGGCUGUUUAUCUGCUCAGUGCUGGUCAAGAUAUCCAAGGAACAAGUGUGAUUGCAAAUCUUCCACUUUUGAUGCGACAGAAUCCUACCGAGACACUCCGGAGAGUCUUACCCAAAGUCAGAGAAGUCCUGCAUGUUGCAAGUGUGGAAAUGCAGCUAACGGCUGCAGUGUCAUUUCUGACCAUCCUGCAGGAAGAGUCAAUGUCAGUCCACACCUACGUACACUCCUUCCUGCAAAUCAUUCUCCUGUACCUGGAGCACAGGGACACAGGUGUCAGCAAUGCAUGGCUGGAAACGCUUCUCUCUGCAAUAGAAUUAUUGCCAAAAGAAACCCUGAGGCAUGAGAUUCUCAACCCACUUGUUUCUAAGGCACAGCUUUCCCAAACUGUCCAGUCGCGAUUAGUUAGCUGUAAAAUUUUAGGAAAACUAACCAACAAAUUUGAUGUCCAUAGCAUUAAAAGAGAAAUACUUCCCCUGGUAAAAUCACUCUGUCAAGAUGUGGAAUAUGAAGUUCGAUCUUGUAUGUGUCGGCAGUUAGAAAAUAUAGCUCAGGGCAUUGGGACAGAACUGACAAAGAGUGUGGUGCUCCCCGAAUUAAUAGAACUCUCUGGGGAUGAGAGUGGCAGUGUGCGGCUUGCUGCUUUUGAAACCUUGGUGAACAUGCUUGACAUGUUUGAUACAGAUGACAGAAGUCAAACUAUACUUCCCUUAGUGAAAUCAUUCUGUGAAAAAUCUUUCAAAGCAGAUGAAUCGAUUCUUAUUUCUUUAUCUUUUCAUUUAGGAAAGCUAUGUCAUGGACUAUAUGGAAUUUUCACUCCAGAUCAGCACUUGAGAUUUUUGGAAUUUUAUAAGAAACUUUGUACAUUGGGUUUGCAACAAGAAAAUGGCCACAAUGAAAACCAGAUUCCAUCCCAAAUCAUAGAGCAGGAGAAGAAAUAUACUUCAGUACGAAAGAACUGUGCUUACAACUUUCCGGCCAUGAUUGUUUUUGUUGAUCCUAAAAACUUCCACAUGGAACUCUAUUCUACAUUCUUCUGCCUUUGUCAUGACCCUGAAGUACCAGUCAGAUACACUAUUGCUAUUUGCUUUUAUGAAGUUUCUAAACUUCUGAAUUCUGGAGUAUAUUUAAUACACAAAGAACUGAUAACAUUAUUACAAGAUGAAUCACUGGAGGUACUAGAUGCUCUUAUAAAUCACCUCCCAGAAAUCUUGGAACUCAUGUCUAUUGGUGGAGAAAGCAGUGUUCAAGAAAAUAAGUUGUCUUCUAUGCCUGACUUGAUUCCCGCACUCACGGCUGCUGAGCAGCGAGCUGCCGCCUCUCUGAAGUGGAGGACCCAUGAGAAGCUGCUACAGAAAUAUUCCUGUCUGCCUCAUAUCAUAUCAAGCGACCAGAUUUAUUACCGUUUCUUGCAAAGAAUGUUCACCAUCAUGAUGACAAAUAAUGUCUUACCUGUCCAAAGAGCAGCUGCACGAACUCUAUGCAUUUUUCUACGCUAUAAUCGCAAACAAGAGCAGAGGCAUGAAGUCAUUCAAAAAUUAAUUGAACAGUUGGGUCAAGGAAAGAGUUAUUGGAAUAGACUUCGAUUCUUGGAUACCUGUGAAUUUAUCAUAGAGAUAUUUUCCAAAUCAUUUUUCUGCAAAUAUUUCUUUCUACCUGUUAUUGAACUAACCCAUGACCCAGUAGCAAAUGUGAGAAUGAAACUUUGCUACCUGCUGCCCAAAGUGAAAUCAGCUCUGAAGAUUCCUGCAGACAUGCAUCUCCUUCAGCAAUUAGAGAUGUGUGUGAGAAAACUCCUGUGUCAAGAGAAAGAUAAAGAUGUCCUGGCUAUUGUGAAAAAAACAGUAUUAGAGUUGGACAGAAUGGAAAUGUCUAUGGAUGCGUUUCAGAAAAAAAAUUAUGAGAAAGAUUUGUUGGAUCAAGAGAAAGAAAGAGAAGAACUGCUCUUUUUGGAAAUGGAACAGCUAGAGAAGGAGAAACAUCAGAACGAUGGGAGGUCCUCCAGUGAGAAAAGCUUUGAGAAGAAACGCAGAGAGUCUAGGACACCAACACAAAGCCUGCCCAAGAACAUCCCUGUUUCUGUUCCUGGACCAUCUUCUAACACUCCAUCAACAAGCAAAGAAAUCAAGAAAUCCAAAUUGAUUCGAAGCCAAUCUUUUAAUAAUCAAGCUUUUCAUGCAAAAUAUGGUAACUUAGACAAGUGUACUAGUAAAAGCUCCAGCUUAUCUCACACACCUUCUGUCUCAGGGUUGGUGAGGACUGCCAUGCUUUCACUAACUGAUGACUCAUUCCGGACUCGAAAUGCCAGUAGCCUUCCAGCUUCCUUUUCUCCUAAUCCCGUCUUGCCCAGUACUUCCCGUGGGACAGGUAACACAGCUGAUGCAAAGAGUAGUGGAAGUAAAGAUGCACCGCCUCGGAAGGCUACCUUAAAAUCCAGAAAAUCCAAUCCUUAA